CAAAAAGCCAGCCUAAAAGUUCAGCAUUUUUCUUUCUCAACAAUCACUUUUCUCUCUCUAAAUCUUGUACGGUUUACGAAGCGAGGAAGUAACCGGCGGCAGAGAUCAGUGGCGGAGCUGAGCUGAGUCUUCAGUGGAAGAUAUAGUUCAGGCAAUGGGAAGCUUGCGUGGCAUUUCGAUUGCCAUUUUUGUAGUUCAAGCUCUGUUAGCUUCAGUAGCUUUGGUUUCAGCUCAAGGAUCUGCUACUCCUUCUCGUUGGCAGACUUUAAGCGGGGAAGCACCAGUUGUCAUAGCUCGUGGUGGAUUUUCAGGAAUAUUUUCAGACUCCAGUUUUGGAGCUUAUAGUUUGGCUUUAGAAACGGGUCCUUCUGAUGUGAUCUUGUGGUGUGAUGUGCAAUUAACAAACGAUGGAGCCGGGAUUUGCUUUCCUGAUCUUAAGCUAGAUAAUAAUUCUAAAAUUGCAACUGUUUUUACAGAUAAGCCGACGACUUACCUUGUUAAUGGGGUCUCUACCAAGGGACUUUUUUCCAUUGAUUAUACUCUCAACGAUCUUGGAAGUGUUUAUUUAAGUCAAGGUAUCUACUCUCGGACGAAUAAGCUUGAUGGAAAUAAUUACCCAAUUAUGACCGUUCAGGAUACCUAUACUCAACUGCAACCACGUGGAUUUUGGUUGAAUAUUCAGCAUGAUGCAUUUUAUGCAGCACACAACUUGAGCAUGAGAAGCUUUGUACUUUCUGUAUCUAGAAAUGCAAAAGUUACUGUUGACUAUAUCUCGUCACCGGAGGUAGCUUUCUUGCGAAACAUUGCUCCAAUUUUCCGAAGAAGUUCAACAAAGGUUGUCUUCCGAUUUCUAGGACCGAAGGAUGUGGAACCUUCGACCAAUCAGACCUAUGAUUCUCUCUUAACAAAUCUCACAUUUAUCAAGACAUUUGCCUCUGGAAUCAUUGUACCAAAGUCUUAUAUAUGGCCUGUAGAUGGAGCUCUUUACUUGCAACCUUCUACCUCUAUUGUCUUGGAUGCUCACAAAGAAGGGCUAGAAGUUUUUGCGUCAGACUUUUAUAAUGAUGUUCCAUUCAGCUUCAAUUACUCAUAUGACCCAGUAGCUGAGUACCUUCAGUUUGUUGACAAUGGUAAAUUCUCUGUUGAUGGGGUUUUAACCGACUUCCCAAUAACUCCAGCAGCAGCUAUAGAUUGUUUUGCUCACAUAGGAAAAAAUGCUUCAAAACAAGCGGACCUUUUGGUCAUAUCAAAUAAUGGAGCAAGUGGAGACUAUCCUGGUUGUACUGACAUGGCAUAUACAAAAGCUAUUCAAGAUGGUGUAGAUGUUCUUGACUGUCCUGUUCAAAUGACAAAGGAUGGAAUACCUAUUUGCUUGGGCUCUAUAAAUCUUAUACAGAGCACCGACAUUGUCCGAACAGGCUUUAGCAAUCUUACAGAAACUGUGCCAGAGAUUAUGCAGAGCAGUGGAAUAUUUACCUACAACCUGUCAUGGAGUGAUAUUAAAAGUUUGAAACCUGUAAUAUCAAGCCCACAGUCACAGUACAAAUUGUUUCGAAAUCCAAAGUUCCAAAAUGCUGGGAAGUACUUAAAGUUAUCUGAAUUUUUAAGCAUGGCAAACACCACUAGCUCUCUAAAUGGUGUCUUAAUCAGCAUAGAGAAUGCUGCUUACCUUGCAAAGCAGGGAUUUGGUGUGACUGAUGCAGUGCUUAAGGCCUUGAACGAAGCUGGCUACGAUAAACAAACAACUCAAAAAGUUAUGAUACAGUCCAGUAGUAGCUCUGUUUUAAUGAAAUUCAAGGGUAAAACCAACUAUCAGCUUGUCUACAAGAUUGACGAAGAUAUUGGCGGUGCUCAAAGUUCAACAAUUGAUGACAUUAAGAGAUUUGCUAGUGCUGUUGUCAUUAGCAAGGACUCUGUGUUUCCUGAAAAUUCAGCAUUCCUCGCUGGUGCGACAGAUGUUGUAUCAAGGCUACAAGCUGCUAAUCUCUCUGUACUUGUUCAAACCUUCAGUAAUGAGUUUACAUCUCAAGCAUGGGACUUCUUCUCUGAUGCAACUGUUGAGAUCAAUUCCUUCUGUGCGGGAGCCAGCAUUAAUGGUGUCAUUACAGACUUCCCAAAGACAUCUGAUAGAUACCGGAGAAACCGAUGCUUGAAGAGAGGCAACAAGACACCCACUUACAUGAGUCCUGUGCAGCCUGGCAGCCUUUUGUCACUAGUCACAACUGAUUACUUGCCACCAGCUGAAGCUCCAAAACCCUACCUGACUGAGUCAGAUGUUGUCGAGCCUCCUUUGCCUCCCGUUGCCAAAACAACCUCGACUUCUACUCCAUCUGGCACUGUAGCAGCGGCCCCAGCACCAAACGGACAGCCUAAAGUUGCUGCCUCUAUCAUUGUACCACUUAUGGCUGUGCUUCUUGCCAUGUAUUACUGUUUUGAAAUCUGAUAAGAGUCGGCCUUGCUCUCAAUUUUUUAUAAAUCUUAUUGCUUGGAUAUCGAGUAGGUUGAAGGUUUUGCUGCAGGAGUGCAGUGCCCGCGGCAAAGACCAGUUUUUCUUAGUUGUCUCCCCUCCAAACAGCAGUGUUAAUUCCUUUUACCUUAUAAUUUUGUAGGUAUGUUCAUUCUUCUCAUUGUCUUCCUUUUUCUAAAAGCACAAUUCUUGAGAGCUACAUAUCUUUAAUGGAUGCAUUCCCUAUUUGAUUUGUGUAA